UUGAUUUGUUGCCGAACCUGCGUCGUCAACGCUCUUGGUGUUUGUCCCCAAAUAUACCAGUAUUUGGAAACUGAAACCAUUUUUCCAUUGAUUUCACAAAAAGGCAAUGGCAAUGGCAGCUCAGCUGGCAUGGAAAUCUAUUUUCCUUAUUAAAUUUGCAGGAAGAAGCAUAAGCAGAAUCUCAAGUAAUGGCAGUUGUAUGGCCAAUUAUCGUCAUAGUUUCUUCUGUAACAGUCCAAAUACGACAACGAUAACAAGCGGGCGCCCACAAUUCCCACGGUGUUGCUUCACUCACCGCGCUGCUAGUAGUGAAAUUGGAAGCAAAUAUUUGGAAUUAACUGAUGAGGAACUCAUGAAACAGUGCGAGAUGGACACAUUCAAGUCGUCGGGCCCUGGUGGUCAGCACCGCAACAAGCGCGAGUCCGCCGUCCGCCUCAAACACCUGCCCACCGGUAUUAUUUCUCAGGCUGUUGAGGACCGUUCGCAGCACAAGAAUCGAGCUUCAGCUUUAAAACGACUACGCACCCUUUUAGCCCUCAAAGUUAGGAACGCUCUGGAUCUUGAUGCAUAUUCGCCGCCUCAUGAGCUUCUUCAAAUUCUGCCUCCUAAGUCCACCAUUAGGGGGUCAGAUUGCGGUCCGCAAAUUGGGCCUAAUAAUCCUAAGUUUAUUUUGGGAAUGCAAGCGUUGCUGGACUUAAUCUUUGCUGUUGAGGGUUCUAUAUCGGAAGCAGCAAAAUUUCUGGGGUUAAACUCUGGAGCACUAUCACGAUUGAUAUUAUCACCGGAAAUGCUCAGAUGACCAUAGAUCUUACUAGUAAGCAAGAAGUAUUAGUCUUUAAAUGAGAAUUAGUAAGUGAAGGGUAUGAAUUAUUUAAGAAUCAUCUAGAAGCCCAUAAUCAGUAUUGUCCCAUAAUCAGUAUUGUGAUUGUAGAGAGUAUCAGAAAACUUUAGCUUUGUUUUAUAUUAUUAUUAGGUUCUUAGAUAAUUUAAUUAUAGAUAAUAAUUUUUAAUCUAAGAAUCUCAAUACUUAUUUCAUAAUCUUGCGCUAGCUUCCCCUAUUGGUAUCAGAGCUUGUUGAAGAAGGUCUAUCCACAGAGUCUAGUGAAACCCAAGUCACGUAUCCGUCGUGGCCCUAGCGUGAAAUUGCUUGAAGGCUUUAGGAGUAAAUCGUUGACAGUGAUUUAGAUUUAUGGAUAUAUUAUUCGAAAAUUUUUCUAGUCUCUCUAGGAGUACUAGUGGAAAGAAAAAUAAAAAAACAAAGAAUAAAAAUAGUGGAACAAGCAAGAAGAGCUCAUAGAGAAACAUCAAGAAAAAUACAUAUUCCUUCAUGUGGGAAUAGUACAAGUUGCAUUAAAACCUACAAUUAGGCUAGGUUUAAAUACCUCAGCUAUACUUUGUGUCAGAGAUAAAAGGUAUAAUAAGUUUAAUGACUCAUUAGGAGUUAUAGAAUCUUCUUUAUGUGAUAGACCUAUCUAUUUCUCUUGUUAUCCAAGCCUCAUUCUGUCUUCGACGGAUUCACACAUAAUAAAGGCUAUAAUAUGAUGCCCGGCUCUGAAAGCAUAAUCCUAAUUUAUAGGAUUCAUUAUAAAACAAUGAACAUGGUAGUACUUAAUUUAAGGGAAGAAGCAACUAAGCUGAUUACUCUCAAAAGAGCCACUAAUUUAUUUGUGACAAAUCUGUCUAGUGGGAAUCUUAUGGGUCCAAAAUCUAUACAGUGGGAUUACGUUAAUCUACUUGAGAAUUUGAUUCUAGAGGAAGCAGUACCUCCUAAAAUGGUGGAUUCUAUUUCGCUGCAGUUUAUAAUUGAAACCAAGAAAGAAACAGUAGCAAUCUCUUUAACUAGAAAUAGGAGCAUUAUCGAUGUGAGGAGAUCGUUUUUGGGAACAUCUAUAGCUUCUGAACCUUUACCACCUAGAUCUUCAAUAUCUUCAUUCGAGCCUCUUAAUCGGAGCACUUCGAUAGGUGAAAUGCAUGGAACAGAAGAAAAAAUUGCUCAAUUAGUUUAUGAAAAGGAAAGCCCAAAAAGCCCUACUCCUUCAGACAUGGGCUAUAACAAAGAAAGUGUUGUUUCUAGACCAUUUAAAAUAAUAAUAUUGGAAAGAAAAGAAACACAUUUAAUAAAUGGUUUUAUCUUAAUUUUUCUGAGGAUGAACAAAAGGUUUGGCUAAAAAGAUUCGAAGCCGAUAAGCAAAAGGAAGGGACUAAAACUUUCCCUGAAUUUUUAAAACAUUGUUUUUUCUUAAAAGGAAUAAAGUUUUCUGAUUAUGAUGAUACUGUUUUCCUUAACAUCCUUGAAUCAACAUAUAAGAAUUUUAUUACAAGGGAAAAAUAGUAAAAGGUGUGCAUCCUCCUGUCACUCAUGUCUCCCAUAAAAUAUCAGAUUCAAUAUAUGUUGAAUGCACUCCUUUUGCUCAAGAAGGAAAAGACAGAUCAAUAGUUCAGCAACAAAACUUUGCAAAUCUAAGUCUCCAUACUAUUGGUCAACAACUUAGUUGAGUCAAAAGCCAAGUUUCAAAGUUUAAAACAAUGACCGACUACAUUCCUAUUUAAACCCAUGGAGUAUGAUCUUGAACUUUCUAACAUGCAAGUUCAUUUUCUUUAUUGGUCACCUAACAUGACAAUCAAGAUUUUCUUUCUUUUAACUCUUAUACAAACAAUAGUUUCUAUGGUAUACUUGAUUUCUUUUUUCUGUUGAAAAUUAUUUAUCCAAUUAUUUGUCCCAUUCCUUGGUUUGCUUGAUUAGAAAGAAAGUGCUUUUCCUAUUUAUGCUUUGAAAUAGAUUGUUCAUCAAGUUUGAUGGAUGAGUUGAUUUAAAUAAUCCCACUCCCACAGGUUAAACACUGGAGCACUGUCACGAUUGAUAUUAUCAGAUGACUCUCUUCGCAUGGCAGUGAAUGAAUUGCGAACCUCCAAG